CAGUGGGGAUGAUGCUAUUCUUGACAUCUCUGAUCUUAUUUUCAAAGAACAAGAGAAAGUCACUGCAGUCAUUAUUCGAAAAGACUGGCACUUCAGGAGGAGAGGGAUUUACAAGAUUGUUAACGGUGUCAAAAAGGAUUUUGGGAUUACGCUUGCUAGAAGCAAUAAGCGUGUAGACGUCAGAGUCAUCUUUAUCAAGCCAUUAUGAAAUGGGAGAAGUUAAAGCCCCCUGAGCCAGAUGAUCCUAUGUGUUGCUGUGAGUGUGACUACGACCAGUAUGGAUGUUGCUGUGACUGUGAAGAUCUGGAUGAAGCCUUUAACAGGUGGCUGAAAGACAGACCUAAAGGUGGAUCUCAGUCUCCUGUACUUGGGGCCAUGAUUGACAAACUGGAGAUCUCCAUGAUCCCGGCCCUGGUGCUGCUACCUGUCCUGCUGCGGGUUGCAGCACUGCACUACCUGCUGGGUAUCAUCAUCCUGACAGCUCUGCCCAUCCUGGUGCUGUGGUACUACUACGCCACGCACAGAAAGAAGAGACGCACCCUCUUCUUCCUCACUCUUGCACUCUUCUCUCUGUUCCACAUGUAUUAUCUCUUCAUCACAGAGAUUUUACCUCGUGGGGACGUCAGCCAGCUGCAGGUGUGUGCUGUGACCACUGGGGUGAUUCUCACUGUCAUCUCUCUUAUUCACACCAAGAGAGGCGCAGGAUUGGUGACCACUUCACUACAUAUGGCACACAGUCACAGUCUGGAGGCUAACAAGGGCUCCGCACACCGUAAUGGAUCUAUCCAAUCAGCAGCCUCCUCAGGGACUGCAGCAGAGUUUCAGACAACAAAAGAGGCCGUGGCAGCCAAAUGGAGCAGCUGUCCUGUGUGCAAAAUAAUGCGACCCCCACGGGCCGGACACUGUCGAACCUGUGGAUCCUGUGUCCAGCGUCUGGACCACCACUGUAUCUGGAUAAACAGCUGUGUUGGACAGGCAAACCACCGCAGUUUCCUACUGACCCUCUCUGUGUUCGUGUUGACCUCUCUGUAUGGAAUCAGUUUGGUGCUCUGCAGCCUCUGUCCUCAACAGUAUCUACUGACGGCUCUCCUCUACUGCCCCGGCGUCUACAGCCAGUCCAGCAUGGCACUUUGCUUCACCUGUGCUUGGUACAGCAGCAUUGUCACCGGUGGACUGCUUCACCUGUUGGUGGUACAAGUUCUGAAUAUCAGCUUCAAUGUGACGGAGCGCGAGGCUCAGCUGGCUCUGAGGAACAAAACGGGCCAGAGGCGCCUGUGGGGACUCGUCAUCGUGACAGGAGAGUAUUCACGUGGCUUCUGUCACAACUGGGUUGAGUUCCUCACCAUGGCAGAUGCCUCGCUUUCUCCUCGCUCCAGCCACACUGACUUGGUCUAGUUUCACUUUGUACUCUCUAGUAGCAGUUGUAGUCGUAACAUUAUAACAGACACUGCAUUGCUUUUAGAAUAUAUCAGCUGACGUCUUCCAAUGCUUAUUGCAUUCCAGCCUCUUCAUACAUUACAUUAAAAACUAUUGAUAUUUCCCUGCAAUCUAGGUCACAGAAUAUCAAGGUGCUAUCAAAAACCACACAUUAAUAAUUGUUUUGGUGUUGGAAGUUGUUGCACAAUUUCUUCUAGGAAAUAACAUACAGUCAUAAGGCUGCAGGAAGCACCAUGUUACUGUACAUAUUUUCUCUACCUGCAGAAUGUGAACAACAUUUAUGCUGUCUGACUGAAAUUGAAAUAUCGAAAUAUUGUUGACUGCAUGUCAAUUAAGAAAUGAAAUAAAAAAAUCUGGUAAGAAAUGAAAGACACUGUGGGGUUUAAGUAAAAGAAGAACAACAGCCAUGAUUCAGUUCUGAUCUGUAUUUUAGGUAUCUGCCUUUGGAUGCCUCCCUGUGGAGGUCUUCGGAGUCAAACUGUUAGAAAUCCCAGUGACCCGCUGGGGGCUUUAUAUAUCCCAUCAUAGCACUUGUGUUCAUUCAGCAUUUGUUAUAACAAAACAGGUAUGAAAAACUGGCACAGAACCAAUCGAGCACUGCAUCUGACCCCUGUGAGUGAGUGGUGGGUGUACAGUCAAAAGUUCCUGGAGCAGCUUCAGCCAUCUUUAAUAUUAUGACUGAUGCAAUCUGUAUUAACUCAAUAUUCUUCUCUGCAGUGCUCUGUUUUAUUGAUUUUUUAACGUAAUGGUUUUUGUCCAUUGCUUUCUGAUAGUGCCAGUGGUACUCCGAAAUACACAUUAUGAGACAUGCGGGGAUUGUAUCUGUAAAUAGUCAAUUACUAUUACAUAAUAUAAUUAUGUUUUUAUAUUAAGCUGAAGGCCA